AUGAAAGCACGACGGAGACAAGGGGGAUCAAAGAAAAAUGGCCGCCUAGCGAAAAUCGAGAAAUACGAAAGACGAACGAGAGUGUGACGAUCGAAUGUGAAUACGAACCGACGGUUUUUUUUACGACUUAAUCUCGGAAGAAUUAACGAAAUGCGCAACGAAAUGACGAUGUAUACGUUGAAACCGAUUGUUUCCCUGCCACAAACGUUGUAUCAUAGAAAAACGAUGUAUGAAAUGCGAAAUAUUCAUGAAGAACGAUCAACAGACGACCAUACGGAAGCCGAGAACAAGAUCGUACCCGAUAUCACUGAGCAGGUUAUCAGCUUUUUAAAGAGUCCAUUGCCAGAGUAUAAUGCAUUAGAAAUAAGGCAAGAAAAGAUAUUGGAACAGCUUGCAGAACUUAAAAAACAAGUUUUAACGCUUUCUGAUUUCUUAAAACAAACUAAUCAAGUUUUACUAGUUGAUGAAAAACCUAAAUGUCAGGAGACAAUUGAUGUGAAUCUUAUAAUUAAUGUGAAUCCAAAAAGACCACCUUAUUUUAUAUCUGCAUUACAAAAAAUAUGGACGGACACUGACAUUAAAGUACAAACUUAUGUUCAUUCAAGUGUUAGUCAAGAAGGGCCCAUUAGUUAUCAAUCAACCACAACUUCUUCUAGGAAAAAUAUUAUUAAUUUAUCAGUGAUCUGGAAAGAUGUUGAAGAUCUUGAACUUGUAUCUGGUCUACAUAAUUAUCAUAUAAUUGGUGAAACAAAUUUCCUAAGGUAUUUAAGUAGGUUAAUAGAUUCACAUAAUUAUGAAAAUUCUUUCUGUGUAGAAAAAGUAAAUUUGACCGAUACCAUAUUAGAUUUAUGUCAUAGUAUACAUUUUGAAAAAUCAUCAAAGAAACAGCAAGAAAUAUUGCUGUUAAUAGCUAGUAAGGUAGAUACAAAUUGGUCUGAUAAAAAGACACCUGAUGUAGCAGACAUUGUUGCAUGGUGUACAAUUAAACAAAUUUUUCCAAAGAAAUAUCCAUCAAAACUAAAUAAGUGGUUUGCUGCAUGUGAAAAACUUCUUACAUAA